ACAUAAAUGCAGCCUUGUAAUUGGCUGAGGAGAUUGUUAACCAAGGGGAGGGUUAUCGGAAGCAAACAUGGCUACCCUGUCUGUUGGAGAGCCUCUAGAGAUGGAAGUGGACCGAAAAGGAGAGUCGGAGGAGUCUGGAGAUGAUGAGACCCGGAGGAGGAGCAUCAACGGGGAGGUUGACCCUAGCCAGACUCCUUCGACAGUGAAAGAGGAGUCUCCUGUUGAUAUGGAUACCAUAACCCUUGACCCAGAGGAAGAGGAUGUUGACCUUGUCCACUGUCGGAUUGGGAAAAUCGAGGGACUGGAGGUGUUGACGAAGGCUAAGACACUCUCUCUAAGGCAGAACCUGAUCAAGAAGAUUGAGAACCUGGAUACGUUAGUGACGCUGAAGGAGCUCGACCUCUACGACAACCAGAUUCGGAAACUGGAAAACUUGCAGACCCUCACUGAGCUACAUCAGCUGGAUGUGUCCUUCAACCUGAUCAGGAAAGUGGAAGGUCUGGAGCGCCUGACGUUGCUGAAGAAGCUUUUCCUGCUACACAACAAGAUCAGUCACAUCACCAAUCUGGACCAUCUCACCAACCUGGAGAUGCUGGAGCUGGGCUCCAACCGCAUCCGGCUAAUUGAGAACUUAGACGGGCUGACCUCCUUGACAAGUCUGUUUCUGGGCACCAAUAAGAUCACACAGCUGCAGCAUCUAGAGGGCCUUCACAACCUGACAGUCCUCAGCAUCCAGAGUAACCGCAUCACCAAGAUGGAGGGCUUGCAGGGUCUGGUCAACUUGAAGGAGUUGUACCUCAGUCACAACGGCAUUGAGGUCAUCGAGGGUCUGGAGAACAACAAAAAGCUGACCACUCUGGACAUAGCAGCUAACCGGGUGAAGAAAAUUGAAAACAUCCGUCAUUUAACCGAACUACAAGAAUUUUGGAUGAAUGAUAAUCAAAUAGAGAAUUGGUCAGAUCUCGAUGAGCUGAAGAACGCCAAGGGCCUAGAGACGGUGUACUUGGAGAGGAACCCGUUACAGAAGGAUCCUCAAUACCGCCGAAAGAUCAUGCUAGCUCUGCCCACCGUACGCCAGAUCGACGCCACCUUCAUCCGUUUCUGACCCGGCCUCAUGCCCCAAGGUUCAACCACACAGUGUUCCACCCCACCACCUUAUGGACCUCUGCUCACUGCUCUCAUUGACCACAGAUGCAUUACAUACACUGACUUAACACCAAAAACACUACCCACCCCCCCCCCCCACACACACACACACACACUGUCAUACUGAGAGACACUUAGCUGCAAACCACCUUACACACAUGUAAACGCUUAAAUUCAUCCAAUAAUUGGGCUGGGAGGAGCUGGGGGGUGUCAAAAAGAUCCCUUAACCAAUUUGAUACACCCCUGCCCUUUCGGUUUCCCACCUCUCCUCCACUUAGUGUGUAGGACGUCAGGUAUGGAACACCAGCCCCUCAUGUAUGUCUGUCCUACUUUGCCCUGAAGAGGGAGAAAAUGUAGACAGGCUGUUUAUUUUUUGUUUGUAGCUGGAAUUGCACUGCAGCUGGCUAGAAGUGGUCAGGUAGGGGGGGUCUUUUGGACAAUUUGAGGGGUCGUGCAAGUGUUGACUGUUUUCUUCAGGAAGGUCUACACUCACCAGACAUAAGUCUUAUUUUAAAGAAUGUAAAAUUAUCAGAUGUGUAGGAUGUGAUGCUACAGUAAUGGCUGCCUUAUCGCUGCAGGGUCCGGUGUUGGCGAAUCCUACUCAGUUGGUUGCCAUGGGGAUAUUUAACUCUUAACAAUAAACUGCCCCCCUGCUGUAGAUGAAUAAUAAAUAUAUGCCAUUUAGAAGACACUGUUAUUCAUAGUGACUCUGUCAUGCUUGCAUGCAUUUUAAGUAUCGAUGGUCCUGGGAAUUGAUCUCAGAAUCUGGGCAUUUAAAACAUCAGGCUGUACUAACAGAACUAGAUAUGAACCAUUACAUUACACACAGAGCAAUGGGUACAUUACAUUAAAGACAUUAUGUAAUGGUGGUAUUUCAAAUUGACGGACUGAACAUAAUUCACACCCUGUCACAUCAAAGAGGGGUACUAUUUGAAGUUGAUUUAUAACUAGUUAGCUUCAGGAGAUUGAUUGAAAAUGUGCUACUGUGACUGCUAAAUUAUGGCCAUUUGAAGGAACAAAAUAUUAAUUAGGUAAAAACAAAUGCAAAAUGGAAACAAGAUCCUCUGAAUGGAUAGGUUUAGAUUAAUUUUGAGCCGUUUCACGCUUAAUGGACAGGAAUCCGUUGCUUUACACAGUAAGAUGUGGAGAGAAGCUGUUUUGCCAUAGGAUUUGCCUAAAGGAUUUCACUUGUUUCUGUGUUGUUUUUUAUUUUACUUAGUUUCUCAAAGUAUUUAACAUCCCUGGGAGAUGUUUUACUUUCGAUUGUAAAUAUUAAACAUUUUAUCUUACAUUUAACCUCCUAAUUGAUGUGAAUCUGCAAAUCUAUCAAAAUUAACCAACAAUUAGUCAGGGUGGCAUUCAUUACUGAAUCCUCAUACCUUUUAUUUAAUGGGGGAAUUUAUUUCAAAGAAACUGACAAUCUUAUAACACUUCCAUCCAAGUGAAUUGUCCAGCUAGCUUUUUUUGGAUCAUCUUUAUUUUACACUUCAGUUGAAGUUUCUGAACAGAAAUUAGCUCAGAUUAUUUAUUGACCUUCCUGAAUGGGGUCUGUUUGUGUGAAAAAGCUUGUACCUCUCUGUUCAUAGGUUAAAGCCUGACAGAUUGUACAGGUGGGCAGAGAAACACACCCUUUGACUGUUGAAUGUGGAAACAAAGAAGUGUGUGGCGUGAACCAUUUUAAACCAUAUUGCACGGCCCGUCUUUAUGCAGUGCAUCAACGGGUUUGGAAGUUGUGUGUAACCACAGAUCUAGGGACUGAUGAAUCUUCUGUACCCCCAAACUGAUUUGUUUUUAACCUUAACCAUUAGAUUAGUGGAAUGUCUGGAUCAGUGGUUAGGGACAACACAUUCCUUCCUGCAGAUUGAAAAGUAACAAGAGUGCAAAAUAUCCAAUAUUAAAUGUAUAUGUAAAUGCAAUGUAAAUGUUUUCAAUGACUGACACCUCCCCUUGCUAUAAAAGUGGUCAGUUCUAUGUAACAUCAGCUCAACUAGUCCUAGUCCCACUGAAGGAUUCAGUGAACAAUGCCACACAGCUACAUUUUGUUUUCUGCAUAUUUUUAAAUACAUUUGAACAAGCGCUUGGUUGACUGUUUCUGAACUGAAUGUAUUAUAAAAGACUAAAUAAAGUUACUUCAAUUUA